GCCGAGCUGCCCUCUGCCCAGGGGCCGCUCGGUUGAUGCUGGGGUGGGUGACCCGCGCAGUGUAAAGGUGCUUCCUGUUUUCCCACUCCUCCGUCGGGACUUUGGAAGAGGCCCUGCGUGUUUUAAGGCUGGUUAAGACGUAGUGGAAGCCAAGGGGCAGGGAUUAGCCCUGAUUACAUGGAUCCCCCUAACCAAGCAAGGCCCAAGAAGAAAAAGAGAAGGCAUCUGGCAUACUUCCGGCCCACUUAAAGUUGCUAGCUUACCUCCUUUUUGUAGUAGCAUCGCCCGGAAGCAUCUUCCAUAAACGUCCUUCAGGCUUGGGGCAGGAGGCUGUGAGUUGGAAGAAAAGGCUCCUGUGACGUUUGAUGACAUCACUGUAUACUUGCUUCAGGAGGAGUGGAUGCUGCUGAGUCAUCAACAGAAGGAUAUCUGUGGUUCCGAAAAGCUGGUGGCUCCACUAGGACCAACUGUUGCCAACCCAGAGCUGUUCUGUAAGUUUGAGCAAAGGCCAGAGCCAUGGCCAGGCAGUGUAAGGGGCCAGAGGAGUGUCCCGAGCCAGCGCCCAGGGAAAAACAAGAUGGGCUGCAUGGAAGAAAGGGACUCACGAAGUCCAGCAGGAGAAGCCGGACGGGACCUGCCCCCGCAGAAGAAAGCCUGUUUUUCCCACUUCAGCACUGAGCAUGGCAACACUGAGGUAGACUGUGCAGGAAAAAGCAAAAAACCCUUGAAACCCCGCUCUAUCCAGAAGUCUUGGUUUACGCAGUUCCCAUGGUUGGUCAUGAAUGAGGAGCAGACGGCUCUCUUUUGCUCUGUUUGCCGAGAAUACCCAUCUGUCAGGGACAAACGGUCAAGAUUAAUAGAAGGUUAUACAGGACCAUUCAAGGUGGAGACUCUCAAAUAUCACGCCAAGAGCAAAGCUCACCUGCUCUGCGUCAAUGCCUUGGCAGCACGGGACCCCGUCUGGGCGGCCCGUUUCCAGAGUGUCCGAGAGGAAUGUGGAGAUGUCCUGGCCAGCCCGGAGCACCUCUUCACGGCAGGGUACCCCAUACUGUACCCCCCGGGGGCUCUGGGAGUCUAUGAUAACAUGGCCCAGCUCCUGCCCAGCACAGGGGCUGAACUGGAGGACCCCGGGGGGAAUGGAGCAGUUCCUACACUGUAUCUAGACUGCAUUCCUGAGUUGAGGCAAAAAAUUGCUGAUGAUGCCCACAGCUCCUCAAAGGUCAACAUUUUGCAUGAUGCUGCUGCUGAACCCUGUGGCCAGGACCCGCCGCUGCCAAACCAAACUUGAUCUCAAAACUGGAACGCCGAGCUGCACCCUGGAUCAAGGACCCAAACGGGCCGAAGUGGGGGAAAGGUUGUCCUCCAGGGAAGAAGAAGAUGGGGACCAGAAGAGAGGCAGACACACAAGCCUUGCCUAUAGACUCUCCCGUGCCUCCAGCAGCUCCUCUGGAGACACGUAGCUCCUACUGCAAUUCCAGCCUUCGUGCAGUCGGAGCAGAUGGCCCUGGGAUGAUCAAGAGGACGUACAGACCCCGUUCCAUUCAGAGGUCAUGGUUUGGGCAGUUCCCGUGGUUAGUAAUUGACCCAAAGGAGACCAAGCUCUUCUGCUCAGCUUGCAAAGGAAGACCGAGUCUCCACGACAAGACAUCCCGGUUAGUCCGAGGUUACACGGGGCCUUUUAAAGUGGAGACUUUAAAAUAUCACGAGGUCAGCAAAGCACACAAGCUCUGUGUCAACACUGUCGAAAUCACGGAGGACGCGCCUCCCGCCGCGCUGGUCCCGGAGAUGUCCAGCGACCUGAUGGCGAGCAUGGGCUACCUCUUCAACGCUGCCUACUCCAUCGCGUACCACUCGCGGCCCCUGAAUGACUUUGAGAAGAUCCUGCAACUCCUCCAGAGCACCGGGACCAUGAUUUUGGGCAAGUACCGGAAUCGCACAGCCUGCACGCAGUUCAUCAAGUACAUCUCCGAGACCCUGAGGAAGGAGAUCCUCGAGGAUGUUCGAAACUCGCCGUGCGUGAGCAUGCUGCUGGACCGCUGCACGGACGCCUCGGACCAGGCCUGCGUGGGGAUUUAUCUCCGCUACUUUAAGGGGACGGAGGUGAAAGAGUCAUACAUCACCUUGGCCCCUCUCUACAGUGAGACGGUGGACGGCUACUUUGAGACCGUGGUCUCUGCCAUGGAUGAGCUGGACAUCCCCUUCCGGAAGCCCGGCUGGGUGGUGGGCCUAGGAACCGACGGCUCCGCCGUGCUGAGCAGCAGAGGGGGCCUGGUGGAAAAGUUCCAAGAGGUCAUCCCCCAGCUGCUGCCCGUCCACUGUGUCGCCCACCGGCUGCACCUGGCCGUGGUGGACGCGUGUGGGGGCAUCGAUCUGUUGAAGAAGUGUGACCGGCACAUUCGCACGGUCUUCAAGUUCUAUCAGUCCUCGAGCAAGAGGCUGAGUGCGCUGCAGGAGGGCGCGGGGCCCCUGGAGCAGGAGAUCCUCCGUCUCAAGGACCUGAACGCCGUGCGCUGGGUGGCCAGCAGGAGGCGCACGCUGAACGCGCUCGUCGUGAGCUGGCCGGCCCUGGCUCGGCACCUCCAGGCUGUGGCGGAAGCCGGGGGCCAGACGGGGCACAGGGCCAAGGGCCUGCUGAAGCUGAUGAAGAGCUUCCACUUCGUCAAGUUCUGCCACUUCCUUUUGGACUUCCUGAGCAUCUACAGGCCCCUGUCGGAGGUGUGCCAGAAGGAGAUGGUGUCGAUCACAGAGGUGAACUCGGCGCUGGGACGGGCCUACGUAGCCCUGGAGGCCCUGCGUCACCAGGCGGGUCCCAAGGAGGACGAGUUCAAUGCCGGCUUCCGAGAGGGGCGGCUGCACGGCAUCUCCCUGGACAGACAGGAGGGGGCGGGGCAGUGCUUCCUGGCGGACCGGGAGAAGGUGGUCGUCACCGGGAUCGAGUACCUCCAGCGAAGGUUUGACGUGGCCCGGCCCCCGCAGCUCAAGAACAUGGAGGUGUUUGACACUGUGGCCUGGCCAAGUGGGCUGGAACUGGCCAGUUUCGGGAACGAGGAUAUUCUGGCCCUUGCCAGGUCCUUCGAGCUCUCGCUCCCCGCGGGAUACAGCAAGGAGGCGCUCCUGGAGGAGUGGCUGGGCCUGAAAGCCAUGGGCAGGAACCUCCCGUUCUCCAUGCUCUGUAAGAACGCGCUGGCACAGGGCUGCCGCUUCCCCCUGCUGAGCAGGCUCAUGGCCGUCGUGGUCUGCGUGCCCGUAUCCACCGCCUGCUGCGAGCGGGGCUUCAGUGCCAUGAACCGGAUCAGGACCGAUGAGAGGACCAAGCUCUCCAACGAGGUGAUCAACAUGCUCAUGAUGACAGCGGUGAACGGGGUGGCCGUCACGGAGUACGACCCACAGCCCGCCAUCCAGCACUGGUACCUGACCUCCUCCGGCCGGCGGUUCAGCCACGUCUACGCAUGCGCCCGAGUGCCGCCCCGCGCCCACGCACGAGCGGGGCUCAGGAAGGAGAAGACGGGGCCACUCUAUAUGGAGGAGGCUGUGACCCAGAAGCCACCCAUUCCAGCCUACAGGGAGCCAGCGGAGAUCCCGAAGGACUGCAUUGCGGACCCUCCUGACAGACUCCUGUACCCCCAUACCAGCCAAGAGGCCCCUGAGCUGUCCUGACAGAGAGCUCCCAUAGGAGCAGGACUCCUAAGGAUUGCCUUGGAGACCCCCCUGCUGCCCUGCCCCUUGGAAUCGUGGUGACAGGCUCUCUGCAGAAUGUAGGCUGCCUUAGAAUCUUCCUUUGCGGGGACUCUCUAAGAACCAGGAAGUGGGCAGUGACAAGACGGUUAAGCCCACCUCCCAGAGAGGCAGGGUAAUCAGGAGCACAAGCCUGUUUACCAAGGCCCCUCUCUAGGCAGUGGUGACCCCACAGCACUGAAACAGGCAGAAAGGUUCCCAUCUCAGAUUCAUCUUCAAGGUGCUUCAGGAAAUGAUCCUAUCAGGAAAGACAUCACCCCAUGUUCUGGGGGCAAGAGGACUUCUCUGAAAUGGGAGAGACUGUUGGGGGUAAGGGCUAAAAGGAGCAUCCCAGCCCCCCAGGAUGGUGCCGGAGCAUUCCAGGGAGGCAGUGGCACGGAGGAGGUGCCUGGGGACCGGUGGAGGGUGACCAGGCUCUGGGGACAACUGGCCUGGCUCUGGGAUCUGUCACCCUGGCUCCACGGCAGACACAGGGAAGCCUCCACUACAGAUGGGAGACUCACAGCAGAGAAUUCCUCCCCCUCCUCCCAGGGCCUCCCUUAGGAUGAGCCAAGCCAAACCCUCUACACAAAGCCCUCAAGAGAGGCCGCCUUCCUGUAGCCCCAGGACCACGGAGGAAAGUCUUUCUGGGGAUGAGCUGCUGCCUCUCACCGGUGGCAGCCCUUCUGUGUGACCUGCACCAGGGCUGGACGUGAGCC